AUGCUGCCGGGGCUCGCCGCACAGACGAUAAGCCCGUUCCCGAAUCCGCCAGAGUACGCGCAGAAUUACACGAAUGAGCGAAUCGAGAAUGGGUCUGCACCUCUCCCGCCAAUGCCUCAUAAUGAGUUUAAAGUGUUCGGUGAAGAAUAUCGACUGGACGCCGAAGUCAUUGCACCACUGAGUGCUUCUGGAAUUCGUGUUUUGUAUUCAAACAAAAAUGACUGGAAGGCUGAAAUGAAAAAGCUCAAUAGAAGUGUCAUCGCCGCAUUCUUCGAUCUCGUCGAGAUUCUCAUCCGAUGCCCUGAUAGUCCAGGACGAGAAGAAAAAAUCAAUGAUAUUCACACAAUUUUCAUCAAUAUGCACCAUCUAAUCAACGAGCAUCGACCUGUUCAAGCUCGUGAUACGUUGAAAAAUCUGCACAGAGAGCAAUGCGAGAAGCUUGAGGCAUGCGUACGCGAUUAUACCGAAUAUAUCAAUUUGGCACGCGAGGCAUUAAGCGAGGAUUUGGACAUUUCCGAUAUCAAAUUGGAUCCGCCACCAAGGCCCAACCCAAUUUCGCGAAUUCGUUUAGAAUCUGAUGGAGAAGACGUCGAUUUUCUCGAUAAUGACGAUGAUCAAAAGCGUACGACGGAUGACGAUGAUGAUAUUCAGAGGCAGGAUGCACUUCCGACGACGGCUCAUCUCAAAAUGUCCGAUUCAAGCAGUCGACGAUUGCUCAAAGAGCUCAGUCAACUGCAAACGGAAGCACCACAAGGGAUUAUUAUAGACAAGGAAUCGAUUUCAGCUGAUCUCAAAAACUGGCAAAUUGGGGUUAUCGGAGCGAAGGGAACUCUGUAUGAAGGCGAGAAAUUCACACUGCAAUUCACAUUCGGACCACAGUAUCCAUUUAAUUCGCCGGAGGUGAUGUUUGUCGGCCAGCCGAUUCCCGCUCAUCCGCACGUCUAUUCAAACGGCCAUAUCUGUCUUUCAAUUCUUUCCGACGACUGGACACCGGCGCUUAGUGUCCAGGCCGUGUGUCUUUCGAUCAUUUCGAUGUUGUCAUCGGCGAGAGAGAAGAAGCACCCGAUUGACGACGCGAUAUAUGUGAGGACGUGCAGCAAGAAUCCGAGCAAAACGCGUUGGUGGUUCCAUGAUGCAUUGUCGCUGAGAAUCGCCGUCGUUGGCGAAGGCGUCAUUGGUCUCAGCACGACGACAGCGAUUUUGGAUCUCGUCGAGAAAUAUCAACUCGAGAAGCCUGAGAUUGAAGUGUUCUAUCAUAAGGAUUUCGAUCGGAUUCUUAGUCGACACAUCGCCGGAUUAUUCCGAAUCGACAGCGGAUCCGAUAUUAAUAAAAAAUAUGGCUAUGAUACAUUUAAGAAGCUGGCGACGCUUUGGCGCGAAUGGGGCGGUGUCAGUGGUGUUCAGUUGGUCUCCGGACACAUUCUCUCCGAUUCGCAGCAAAAAUUGGACGCGCAGAGGGAAAGCUAUGGCGAUCUUGUUUACAAUUAUCGCGAUUUGGAUGAAACCGAACUCUACGGACCGACGUCGCUUUUCGAUUUGGAUCCGAACAGCGCAACUCGCGGAAUCCACUACACCGCUUUCACUUCCGAAGGCCUCCGAUUUUGUCCGUUCCUCAAAAACCAGCUUCAACUCAAUGGUGUGAAGUUCACGAAGCGACGAAUCGACGCGCUCGACGAGCUCGGCUCGGACUUUGACGUCGUCGUCAACGCGGCCGGAUUGUACGGCGGCGUGCUCGCCGGCGACGACGCCGGCAACGUGUAUCCGAUUCGCGGUGUUCUGCUCAAAGUCGACGCGCCGUGGCACAAGCACUUCCUUUAUCGCGAUUUCAGCACAAUCACGAUUCCAGUGAUUGACUCGGUUUAUAUGGGCACCGUGAAGCAGGAGCAUGUCUGGGGACCAUCGAAUGUAACCGAUGACGAUAUUCGUGAUGUCACGGAACGAUACCUCAACCUUCAACCCGCGUUCAAGAGGGUUCACCUACUCUCAGCCUUCGUUGGCUAUCGUCCAGGCCGCAAACAGGUGCGAGUAGAGCGCGAUGUGCGUGAAGUUGCUGGAAAGACUUAUACGGUGGUCCAUAACUACGGACACGGUGGCAAUGGGUUCACUCUUGGCUACGGAUCGGGCCUUCACGCGGCUCGUCUGGCGCUCGGUCUUCCGCUCGACGAAUAUCUCCAAUUGACGCCAACCCCACUUCCAGCGAACUCAACGCUCUGCCCAUGGACAUACCUUGAUCUCUAA